AUGGUUCCAGAGAUAGAGAAACCUCGAGUUACAGAGAUACAAGUCCGAAUGGACUGUAAUGGGUGCGUACAGAAGAUCAAGAAGGCAUUGCAUGGCAUCAAUGGUAUAUAUGAUCUCUACAUUGACUUCCAACAACAGAAGUUGACAGUAAUUGGGUGGGCAGAUCCCGAAAAAAUCGUCAAGGCCAUUAGGAAAACUAGGAAAAUUGCCACCGUAUGUUCCCCAACCGAACCCUCAGAUCCUGAUGCUCAGCCAACAGAAAAGCCACCCGAACAAGCAACUGAAGGUGGGGCACCACCACCACCAGCCUCUGAGACGGAAAAUCCUCCCGCAGCAGAAGCUCCACCUGCUGAAGCAGCAGCUUCACCAGCAGAGCCUCCAAAAGAUCCACCACAACCUGAGAACCCACCACCACCAGCAGAGGAGAAACCAUCACCAUCACCCGUUGCUGAAGAAACCAGUGCAAAUCAGCCAGAAAAGCCCCCUGGACCUAAAGAUGUAGGAGAGGUUCAUGUUAUAUACCAUCACCCACCGGAUUAUGGCUACAGAUAUGCUUAUGGUCGUAACUAUGGCGGUGACUGGCACAGAUACCCUAUUAGCCAAGGAGUCCCACCAGAGGCACCAAAGCCCAUUUACGUGACUCACAGCUACAACACAUAUAGGCCAUCACCGUACGUCACUGAAUACGAGAAUGUCCGAUCCCCACCGAGUCACACAAUUUACAGUAGGAUGGACCGCUACAAUGAGGAUUAUCACGACAACAGUCGCAGUAGCAAUGGAAACAUUACAUCUAUGUUUAGCGAUGAAAAUCCAAAUGCUUGUCGAAUAAUGUGA